CGCUUACAGGUCCGGGGGCUCUCUCAAAAUGUUCAACAACCACCUCCUGUAGGGACUGCCUCCACCACCCCCAUCCUACCCCACAUUAGCACGGAACCGCAGGGCACGACUCGUUGCCGGUCCGGGCCCUCCUCCGGGGCUUCCUGAGCCGGUGUUUGAUUGGAUUAGAGUAGGCUUGCCUUUGCCCUCUAACCCCGCUGAUGGUGGCUCGCUGCUUCCUGCUCCCUCCGCUCCGCUUUGCCGACUAAGGAAGGCUGCCGAAGCCGCUCAGCGAAGCUGCCCGCGCGGACACAGCUGACCGGGACAAGCCGCUGCUAGUGGCCCGAGACGAGCGGAGCGGGGAGACGGUCAGACACACGGCCGGGCGGACGGGGAGAAGUCGCAGCCAUGCGGAGGAAAUCGAGGAUAUUGUUGUGUUUCGCGGUGCUGUGGGUGCUGGGGAUUGCCUACUAUUUCUAUUCGGGAACAACGCUCAGUCGAAAGGAUGUCGGGAUCUCCAACGAAAUACAGGCUCCACUUUCUUUUGAAAAGGCCAAAUCCAUGCAAUCACUUCUGCCACCAGGUAAGGUGCGCUGGCAGGAUUUCGAUCAGGAUCUCUAUGUUGGAGCUACAGUGGUCCGACCGGGUCAGGACCCGUACGCCAGAAACAAGUUCAACCAGGUGGAGAGUGACAAACUCCGAAUGGACAGAGCUGUGCCAGACACAAGACAUGAUCACUGCAAACAUAAACAGUGGAACUCAGACCUGCCAGCCUCCAGCGUCGUCAUCACCUUUCAUAAUGAAGCCCGCUCUGCUCUGCUGCGCACUGUGGUCAGUGUCUUAAAGAAAAGCCCUCCGCAGUUGGUGAAAGAGAUUAUUUUGGUUGAUGACUACAGUGACAACUCGGAGGAUGGAGCGCUUCUUGGGAAGAUCGAGAAAGUUCGCGUGCUGAGAAAUGACCGCAGAGAAGGGCUGAUGCGAUCAAGGGUGCGCGGUGCAGAUGCUGCUACAGCGCCGGUCCUCACCUUUCUGGACUCUCACUGUGAAUGUAAUGACCACUGGCUUGAGCCACUACUGGAGAGAGUGGCAGAGGAUAAAACCAGAGUGGUCUCUCCCAUUAUUGACGUCAUCAACAUGGACAAUUUCCAGUAUGUGGGAGCUUCAGCUGACCUGAAAGGAGGCUUUGACUGGAAUUUGGUGUUUAAAUGGGACUACAUGACUCUGGAGCAGAGACGAGCCAGGCAAGGCAACCCCAUCGCCCCCAUCAAGACUCCAAUGAUCGCAGGAGGUCUAUUCGUCAUGGACAAGGAAUACUUUGAGCUGCUGGGAAAGUAUGACAUGAUGAUGGACGUGUGGGGAGGAGAAAACUUGGAGAUCUCCUUCCGCGUGUGGCAGUGCGGCGGCAGUCUGGAGAUCAUUCCUUGCAGCAGAGUUGGCCACGUCUUCAGGAAGCAGCACCCAUAUACUUUUCCUGGGGGCAGCGGGACUGUGUUUGCAAGGAACACAAGGAGAGCAGCAGAGGUGUGGAUGGACGAGUAUAAGAACUUCUACUAUGCUGCGGUGCCCUCUGCAAGAAAUGUACCCUACGGAAAUAUCCAGAGCCGUUUGGAGAUGAAAAAGAGAUUAGGCUGCAAACCUUUCAAGUGGUACCUGGACAAUGUUUACCCUGAACUGAGAGUUCCGGAUCACCAGGACAUUGCUUUUGGAGCCCUGCAACAGGGAGGAAACUGCCUCGACACCCUGGGCCACUUUGCUGAUGGGGUGGUGGGCAUCUAUGAAUGCCACAAUGCCGGGGGAAACCAGGUGAAGGAAUGGGCCUUAACCAAGGACAAAUCGGUGAAACACAUGGACCUGUGUCUAACUGUAGUGGACAGAACAGCCGGUUCGCUUAUCAAACUACAAGGCUGUCGAGAAAAUGACAGUCGUCAGAAAUGGGAGCAGAUUGAGUCGAACUCGAAGCUUCGUCACGUAGGUAGCAACCUGUGCCUGGACAGCCGCAGCGCCAGGAUGGGAGGACUCACUGUGGAGGUCUGCAGCUCGAGCCUCACCCAACAGUGGAAGUUCACCCUCAAUCUACAAUCAUAGGGGGCACUGCAGACCCCCAUGCUAGACUUUGACAAUGGACCAAGACAAGAAUGAGACAUGCACAAAAAGAUUGGAAAAACCUAAGAACGACAAGCUCCUCCUUCACAGAGGUGCAGCUACUCACCUGUAAAACCCUCUCCCGCACCCCGUACUCCCUCCCAUAACAAUGAGCCGUGCCCACUGAGGGGAGGGGCUCCGUAGACCAUAAUGGAUCAAAUAAAUUGGAGGAUGGGAGAGGGGUGUGAUGAUCAUCAGAGCAUCAAGGAAGAGGCUUUUGUUCCAGUCGACGCGCCUCUGUGUUCCCUCAUCAAAGAGCAAAGUGAAUUUGUUUGUUCUUUUAUUGCUGGAGAAACAGAACUAUCCAGCAUGAAUAUUUUAUUUCGUAUUUCAGAUUUUUAAUUUGUUGGUGGUAAAACUCCAGGGACAUGGGGCAGGAGCUUUUUCAGUUCUUCAAUGAAUCUUCUAAAAGCCGGUGGAGGCCUCGGAUUGCGGUUUUCAGGGGGCGGGGUGAUGUGAGAGAGGAUAUGGACCUCGAGUUUUUCAUGUGUUCUCUAAAUGGUUUACAGAAAUCUCAAAGAAAAUCAAAGUGGGGGGGGAAGAACCCCUGGUGUUCUGUUUUUUUUCUUUUUCUAUGUGUGUGUCUUUUGCUACAGAUUGUAUCAGGCAAAGAAAAGCCUUUAUAUGGUUUGGGUGUUCCCAGAAACAAAAAAUUUCAGACUGUAGCACCGGCUGCUGCAGCACUCUUCACUUUUCUUCAAAACACAAAGAAUUCUCCGCAUCUUUCUUUUAUUUACUUAUGUGAAAGAGCAGAAGCCAUUUUUUUAAAUAGAAGAUUUAAGGAAAACCAGAAGAGCAACAGAAACAAUUUUUAAACGUUUUUUUUCUCUGACGGUUGACCUUUUCCAUCUUUCAGCCCCGCCCCGUGCAGUUGUUGUGCAUUGCCUUGUUGACAUUAUUGGAGGAUUACCCUGUUAAAUAAUCCCACUCCAUCUGGAUUUAUGCCACACUUUCUUCUCUAAAUCAGACAGAUGUAGUCCAUUAACAGAUUAUUGCAGCAUUUCUGCAAUUACCAGGACUUUCCAGCUCUCACAGACCUUUCUUCCUCCUCAAAACAUCAAUUUAGGUUCAAGAAGGACACUCUGCACUGACAGUGCAACACUGUAGAGAACUCAGAGGUCCACCUGCAAUUAGUAAAACCUUCUUUUGGUCACUCGAACUUUUGAUUAUAAAUGAGAAAUCUCAGUGGUUUCACUUCUACUGACAAUUUGCAGAAUCUUCUGAAGACUCAAAGAUGAAGUCAAAAGCCUAUGCUAAUUUAUUCCUGUAACAAUAUUUUUGUUGUCAUCAAACGACACACUUUCUACUCACCACGAAGUUUUCCCGUUAAUAUUUUCAGCUUUAUUCUGUCUCCUAGACCACGUUUAAAUCCUUAACUCGUGUUUUUUAAAGGCUGCAAUCUCUUCCAGGGCUUCCUCACCUCUUCAUCUCUCCUGCUCUGAGUCCUACACGCUUUGAUGAGUUGAUUAUGGUGUGACUCAUCAGGUGAUUUUAAAGAAAACACCAAAACCAGAGCUCUGAUCUAACAAAGGUGCAGCUUUAAGUGUGCUGUCAGUCUUAACUUCCUGUUUAAAGCUCCUAACCAGCUGCCAAAUGACCUUAUAUGCUUGCUGUGACAUCUGAUGUCCUUUCUUCUGCUAUUGUUUACCGUGUCACGCUCAUUCAUUUCGCUCUGUGGACUAAUGGGAGCUGGGAAAGCUGGCUCCAUCUGCUUCAAAAAGCCUAUCCUGUGACUUGAUAGGUUGCUGUGUUGUGCUGAAGAGCACAUGACCCACAGCUGUGGUAAAUAGGAACAAGAUGGAGUCUGAAUGUGAACAGCAUCCACCUCAGUGAGGCAGUUCUGACUUUAUAAAACAAAAACAAAAAAGGUUGCCUACCUGCCCACUCACUCUAGUGAAGUGAACACCCUUUAGCUCUAAUUUAACAUUGGUUAUAAACACGGUACUUACAAACUUGAGUGUUUUAUUCUAUUUUCUGUUAAAACAAAUAUACUCUACAGACAAAUCCUAGAUUAUAAAGAUGAUUGGGGGGGCAAAUGAUGUCCAUUUCUCUUUUAUUUCCACUGUAUGUGUGAGUCAAAUCCAGACUUGCAAACACAGUGAUCAUACUUGUUUCUUCUCAGUUAUUUCCAUAUAAUACCAUGUUCAUGUUUGCAACAUUCAGUGAAAGGAGAGAAAGGAGUGCAAAAGGCUUGAAGCAGUCACAGUCUUGUUUUCUCAGCUCUUGGGUGGAUUUUGUUCACAGUGAACAUGAUAACCAAACUGCACACACCUGAGUGGCCACAGCAUGGCUGUCUGCAGCCACAGUGCACUUGUUGUUAGGCCUUUUCUUUUUAAACUAGUCUUAUUAUAAUUAUUAUAGCAAUUUUUUUUUUAAAUCUUUUGUGUUAACAAGAUCCACAAAUUUCUGCGAAGUCUAGCUCAUGUUUUUGAUUGGAUGAUUAAAUGUUUACAUCUUUAGCACAGAGUGCCAAAGUUCCUUCCUGUAUUUUUUUCUGUGUGAAGUAGAAUGAAAGGGGGCAAACCUUUUGGAAAUUAAGAAAAGGUCUUUAUUCAGAUAAAUUGUUCUGUGAAUGUGAUGGAAACUUAUCUUAUUAUUAUUUUCCAGUCUUAAGUUGGAUGUGUAAAGAUCAGGAGAGCAGCUGAUGUGGUCUCAGUUGUUUUCUUUUGGGCAGUAGAUUUAAAAAUGCAAUUUUCUUUUUUGAUGUCUUCAAACUUGUGAAUGAAAGCAGAUGUUUGUCGAUCCUCAUUCUGAAGAUCACACAUGAAGAGGGAAAGUCGUCUAUUGGAAAGUCUCUUUCAAAUCCAGGAAAUGUUGCAUAUUAACAUUUUUAUGAGGAAAUAAAAAAUAUUCUUAUUUGAUUGAGUUCAACUGAACAGGGGAGGGUUUUGUGUUUUCUCAGCUUUUCCUUUAAAUAAUUAAAAAUCCUUCUCGCCCUGCCGACUGUUCAGCCCCUUUCAGGAUUAAAAGCGUGGCUGACACGUGAAAACCCCUGUUUAGACAUCCAGCUCUUUUUGAGCUUCUCCAACUUUUGCUUUAAGCGGCUGUCGUUGUGUGUGUGUGUGAGUCACAUAACACACUUGGAAAACAAUUUUAUUUCGAGUUUAGUGGACAGUUAUGACUCACAGUAACCAGUGGGGAAGUGAUAUGCAAAUAAGUGAAAAGAUUGUUUUUUUCCUAGUUAACUUAAAUACAAAGAUGGGUCCUGUGACUCCUGGGGUCACACAUGUAAAAGUGUAUAUUUUUGUAUAUACCUACAUCGGUGUGUGUACAGUAUGUACAUAUAUACACAGUGUACUCAGCUGCGGUUACUAGUUUUGUCGGACUGUACAGCACUUCUAACUGUUCCCUGUUUUAUAAAUACUGCAGAAAUUCAACUUUCAACAAGGAAAAAUUAACUUAAAUAAAAGCAUUUAUAUAUAUAAAUAUAGA